CUGCGCUAAUGGAGGGAUUUUUUUUUUGUGCCGGGCGCUCGGGCUUACACCUAGUACAGUACUCCGUACAACUACUCCAUUACUCCAUCGGUGCUCCACCCCAUCCUAAAUUUCCGAUCGAUAGUCAAUCUUGAAUCAGUCCGUCCUUCACCAGCAGACCAAUCAUCGGUCAUAGGGCCUGUACCGGCCGGUCAACAGUGGAUCUCAGACUCGGGCUCAGGAUUGUUUUACUGGUGACCAGGGAGGGUCUGUAACACCCAAUAUCCAUGGUUUAAUGGCGUCUCGACGCGGAAGCCAGGCACUUUUCUGCUCUCUGCACCGAGGGACGUCAUUCGGGGCGUUCGGAUGCUGGAACAAUAAGAAAUGGCACUCCCAGCCCAGCGCCAGGGCCGGGAUUCUGGCAUCUCUACUACCUUGCUCACACUAUGGCCGAGGAUCGCAGCUUAGCCGUGCGGGCGGUUGCCGCGGUCUUCCUGGCCCUGGCAAGCGUCACCACCAUGCUGCGGUGCUACGUGCGUCUGCGGAUUGUCAAAGCGUUUGGCUGGGACGAUGGGAUUAUGGUCCUGGCCUAUUUGUUCUACAUCUUCUUUUCUGGCGCGAUGAUCGGGGGCAGCCUCUGGGGGACGGGGAAGCAUUUGGUGGAUUUGACCAACCACCAGCGAACGACUGCUAUGGAGUACUGGUUCUAUUGCGACAUUGGCUAUGCUGUUGGUUCGAUCCUCUGCAAGAUAUCCGUCGCUAUCUUCAUUUUGCGAAUUACGAUCGAUCGCAUCCAUCGGAUUGUUAUUUUCGUUGUUCUCGCGUUCGUCGUCACCGCCGGUCUCGCUUUCUUUAUUCUCCUCCUCGUGCAGUGUCAUCCGAUCGCAUACUUCUGGCUCCGGUUGAGCACCGUGGAGCAAGGCAAGGGCUCGUGCAUCAACAUCAACAUCGUGAUGGACUCGCUGUAUGCCUUCAGUGCUACCUCAGCUCUAUUCGACAUGACCAUCGCCGUCCUCCCGAUCCUUCUGGUGCGGAAAUUGAAGAUGCACCGCGACGUGAAAAUCGCGGUCGCCAGUCUGCUUGGAAUGGCCUGCGUUGCCUCCGUCGCAGUCAUCGCCCGCAUCCCAUUCAUUCCCACCCUCCGCAACGAGGACUGGCUCUACGAGACGGUCAACAUCGCGAUUUUCAGCAACAUCGAAACCGGGCUGGGGAUUUUUGCAGGUAGCAUGGCGACUCUGCGUCCGCUACUGCGCCAGUUCCGGCCCUCGACCUACCAGCACACGUGGCCGAGUUCAUCGCGCGGGGGCCAGCGCAGCAAAUCGAUGCCGCUGCAGUCGACCCCGCGGGAGGAGGACUCCCGGCCCAUCCCGUUGGAAGAUCGUUUGUACGGCAGCACCUUUUUCACCGUCGAGGCGGGUAAUGAUGGGUAUUUUGCAGGGGAUCAGGCGCCUAUUUUGCCGAAGCAGCCACAGAUUAGUGUGAAGCGGGAGGUUCAUGUGACGACUGUUUAGAUAGCUGCAGUGUCUAGGUGCUAUAAGACUGCUGCCAGGUGGUUUGUGAUGCCGCCAGCCUGGGAGGGACCGACCGGUGGUGGGGUUGAACUCAGGUUCUCCCAUCGCCACCUCCAUCCAGGACUCGAUCUCCGUGAUCGGUGAUUGGUGAAGGCAGAACCACAUACAACUGCAACUGCCGUUCAAUUGCCGUGUGAUGGAUGGUUAUUGUUGCAGCAGCGCAUCCAGAGUGGCUGGCCAUUUGUAGCGACGCCACUGGACUUCGAUCCGAAUUUCGGGACUUGACUCGGGAAUAUCGCAGAUGCCAAAGAAGUCAACCCAUCCGCUUCGCGAGUCAACUCGCCUCACACGCACCGGCCCAGUCGAUUAUUGGGCCGCGUUACCCGACGGCCAAAAACUGGCUUUUAUGAUUGUCACCAACACUUGAGAUGUGUAGCGCAUCCGCCGAUCAUUCAUGACGACUACUAAGUAACAUAG